GAAUUUGAUCCAUGGGCAUUACCUGAGCUGCAGGCUUCUGGCCCAUCUUGGAAAGAAUUAAACACCAAACAGAAAAUACGUAGAGUUCUAAGCGGAAUAGUGAAGGUGUGUCUAUUGCUUGGUUUCCUCUACCUCUUCAUCUGCUCACUAGAUGUUCUGAGUUCUGCAUUUCAGCUGGUGGGAAGUAAACUGACCGGUGACAUUUUUAGUGAUAACGAUGUUCUUGCAAAUCCAAUUGCUGGGUUGGUCAUUGGAGUACUGGUCACAGUCCUGGUGCAAAGCUCCAGCACAUCCUCAUCUAUCGUCGUCAGCAUGGUGUCAUCAGGAAUACUGAACGUGAAGGCUUCUAUACCAAUCAUCAUGGGAGUGAAUGUUGGAACCUCUGUAACCAGCACUUUGGUGUCUCUGGCGCAGUCUGGUGAUCGCAAUGAGUUUCGGAGGGCUUUUGGCGGUUCCGCAGUACAUGGCAUUUUCAACUGGUUGACAGUUCUUGUCUUGCUGCCCAUUGAGAUUGGCACUGGAUAUCUUUAUCAUGUCUCCAAAGCAAUCAUUAACAGCUUCAACAUCUAUGCAGGAGGCGAUGCACCAGAUAUCCUAAAAGUCAUAACAGUGCCCUUCACACACCUCAUUAUUAGGCUGGAUAGCGCAGUGAUAGCUGGGAAUGCCUUAAACGAUCCAGAGACCAAAAACAUGAGCCUUAUAAAGCGAUGGUGUGUUACGCAAGAUGUCAAUAUCACCAAAUAUAUCCCGGUUACCAACUUAACGGAGUGCGACAUCUCCCAGUGCAUUCAUACAGAGAAUGGGAUAUUUCUGGAAAAGAACGUCACUGUCAAGGAAGGUGUACAGAAAUGUGUCCACAUUUUUGCGAAUGUCAAUCUAUCAGACAUAGCCGUCGGCUUCAUCCUCUUGAUUGGUUCUCUCAUUGUCCUCUGCACCUGUCUCAUCCUUAUUGUCAAAUUGCUCAACUCAGUUCUCAAAGGACAAAUCGCUCAAGUUAUCAAAAAGAUCAUAAAUGCAGAUUUCCCCUUUCCGUUCAGUUGGUUAAGUGGAUACUUAGCCAUCAUUGUUGGUGCUGUAAUGACCUUUGUGGUACAAAGCAGUUCAGUUUUUACUGCCGCAAUCGUUCCUCUAAUGGGUGUUGGCGUGAUCAGCAUGAACAGAGCAUAUCCUCUAUUCCUGGGAUCCAACAUUGGAACAACUACAACAGCAGUACUCGCUGCGCUGGCUAGUCCUGCAGAAUCCCUCAGCAAUUCUGUGCAGGUUGCUUUCAUCCACCUUUUCUUCAACCUUACUGGAUUGGUUCUUUGGUAUGUUAUACCCUAUCUACGUAUUCCCAUUCCUGUGGCAAAGUUGUUUGGAGAUAUCACAGCCAAGUAUCGUUGGUUUGCCAUCUUGUACCUUCUUGUCAGUUUCCUUAUCCUGCCGCUGGCGGUUUUCGGGCUCUCUAUGGCAGGCUGGAUAGUGCUGGCGGCUGUGGGUGGUCCUAUCCUUCUAAUUAUCAUUGUCAUAAUAAUAAUCAAUGUUCUACAGAACAAAGUUCCACAAUAUUUACCAUCGUUCUUGAGGAACUGGGAUUACCUUCCCAUGUGGCUGCACUCCCUGGCUCCCUGGGACAAGCUACUGAAAUCAUUUUGUGGGUGCUGUUGCAAGAAGUGCUCGAAACAGAAAACAGAAGAGAAACCUAAGGACCUUUUGCCUGUGGACAUAACAUCCAUAGAAGCAAACUGCUAUGAUAAUCCUGAAUUUAUUCAUUCCCAAGAACUAUGA